GAGGAACUAAAGGUGAAAGCGAAAAGCGUGUGUUGUACGGUGAAAAUAAGUGAAAUAUUAACUAGACUCACCAUUUAAUUAAAAAAGGCUUGCUAUUCACGAGCGUUUCAGAAUGCAGAUCUUCGUGAAGACCCUGACUGGCAAGACCAUCACCUUGGAGGUUGAGCCGGAUCAGCAGCGUUUGAUCUUCGCCGGUAAGCAGCUGGAGGAUGGACGUACCCUGUCCGACUACAACAUCCAGAAAGAAUCGACUCUUCACUUGGUUCUUCGUCUUCGCGGCGGAAACUGAAUCAACUUACGAAUAAUUCAUCGAUAUCGACCAUGCUUUUUGAAUGAAACAGCAUCUGUCUACCGAUAACAAUACUUCGCUUUUGUCAGUGUUCGCUUCUUAAUAGAGAUUUACGUUCAAUUCAGAGUAUGUUAAUUCUCGCAAAAUUGCUUCGCCUGAAAUUGAGAUUUAUGGCGUCACAAGUAAAAUUCUUUGAAUUAGCCUCGGGAGACACAACAUCUUUCUCCUAGCAAUUCCGAAGUGUUAUCAAACCAGCAAAAGAAAAUAAAGAGCAUCACAAAAAUAUAUAUUUGUUGGAAACUAUAUUUUCUU